UCUCUUCAGCACAUCAAUUGCUCAGGCUCCCAGCAGCCUAGGACUGAAGCAAGGCAUUCUGUGUUUGUAAGGGAGCUUAUAGCCACAAAGAUCGGAGCACACUGGAUAAGUACAAGUGGAAAAAUGCCGUGCUGGUAUCACCUAUGUUUUGUAAGGGUAUCAGUACAGCAGGGACAAGUAAUACAUGUCUCAUGUCAGGUGGUCCUGGAAUGUUUCAUUUGGAUAUUACGCUGAAGAGUGGGCAGAAUUUAGCUAUCCGGGAUCGUGGAGGGACAAGUGAUCCUUAUGUGAAGUUCAAAUUAGGUGGAAAAGAAGUUUUUAGAAGUAAAACAAUUCACAAGAACCUGAAUCCUCUUUGGGAUGAAAAAGUCAGUCUUUUCAUUGAGAACCUCAGGGAUCCUUUGUACAUCAAGGUAUUUGACUAUGACUUUGGACUACAGGAUGACUUUAUGGGAUCAGCUUACCUGGAUCUCACUAGCUUGGAGCUAAAAAGGACAACAGAUGUAACAGUCACCCUGAAAGACCCGCACUACCCUGACCAUGACCUAGGCUAUCUGUCACUGAGCGUCACCUUAUCUCCGAAGGAGGGAGAUCUGAGAGAAAUAGUACGUACAUUGACCAGGAGUUGGAAAAGAUCAAGUAAGCAUCAAACUCAGAGUAUACGGUUGUCAGACCUACACAGAAAGGCACAGCUCUGGAGAGGGAUAGUCAGUGUUACCCUCAUUGAAGGUCGAAAUCUCAAAGCUAUGGAUGCCAAUGGACUUAGUGAUCCCUACGUCAAGUUUCGAAUGGGUCACCAGAAGUACAGAAGCAAGACUAUGCCAAAAACAUUGAAUCCACAGUGGAGAGAACAGUUUGACUUCCAUCUAUAUGAUGAGCAAGGAGGUGUCCUGGACAUUGCAGUGUGGGACAAGGAUGCAGGCAAGCGAGAUGACUUUAUUGGCAGGUGCCAGGUUGACCUGUCAACCCUGAAUAAAGAAAAGACCCACAAGCUAGAGCUGGUUCUGGAGGAAGGGGAGGGAGAUCUGUCGCUGCUUGUCACCUUAACCGCAUCAGCUGCAGUCAGUAUCUCCGACCUUUCUGUCAGCACGAGCGAAGACCAGAAAGAACGUCAGGAGAUAGUCAAGAGAUAUAGCCUAAUGAGGUCCUUUCACAACUUAAAGGAUGUGGGAUUUCUCCAGGUGAAGGUCAUCAGAGCAGAAGGGCUUUUGGCAGCCGAUGUCACAGGCAAGAGUGACCCUUUCUGUGUUGUUGAACUGAGUAAUGAUAGACUACAGACACACACAGUCUACAAGAAUCUCAACCCUGAAUGGAACAAGGUCUUCACUUUCAACAUUAAAGACAUACAUGCUGUUCUGGAAGUGACCGUUUAUGAUGAGGAUCGAGAUCGAAGUGCUGACUUUUUGGGCAGGGUUGCGAUACCCUUACUAUCUAUUCAAAAUGGUGAACAGAAAGCCUACGUCUUGAAAAACAAGCAGCUGACAGGGCCAACAAAGGGGGUCAUCUAUCUCGAAAUAGAUGUGAUUUUUAAUUCUGUGAAAGCUAGUAUCCGAACACUAUCGCCCAAAGAGCAAAAGUAUAUUGAGGAGGAGCCAAGGUUAUCAAAACAGCAGUUUCUGAGAGAUUUUAACCGGGUGAAGCGCUGUUUCAUGGCAAUUGUAAAUGGUGUUUACUAUGUGAAUAGCUGCUUUGAUUGGGAAUCGCCUCAAAGAAGUCUAGUUGCUUUCCUGCUUUUCCUGUUAGUCGUCUGGAAUUUUGAGCUCUUCAUGAUACCACUGGCACUUUUACUGAUGCUGUCUUGGAAAUACUUGUUAAUCAUUUCUGGGAAGGAUACCAGACAGUCUGAUAUGCAGGAAGUGGAGGACAUACUAGAGGACGAGGAAGAUGAAGAUGACAAAGAUGACAAGGUUCCUCUAAGUUUACCAUCAGCAUCAACACACAUGCCCUCCGCUCAUGUUUUGUUGGAUUUAUUAAAAGCUUGGCAUUUUGAUUGGAUCAAUAUACAGGUAGAUUCUGAAAGAAAAGGAUUUAUGAACAAAUUGUAUGCUAUCCAAGAGGUGUGUGUCAGUGUCCAGAAUGCCCUCGAUGAAGUGGCUUCCUUCGGAGAAAGGAUCAAAAACACAAUCAACUGGACUGUCCCAUUUUUGAGUUGGCUUGCAGUUGUCGCUCUCUGUGUUUGUACUGUAAUCCUAUACUUAAUUCCACUGAGAUAUAUUGUCCUUAUAUGGGGCAUUAAUAAAUUCACCAAGAAACUGAGGAGCCCAUAUGCAAUUGAUAACAAUGAAGUACUGGAUUUCCUGUCCCGAGUCCCUUCAGAUGUACAAGUGGUGAAAUACCAAGAGCUGAAACAAGACCCUACUCCCAGCCCGAAUAAAAGGAAGAAAAACAAUCUUGGCUAGCCAGAACCAGCCACUGAGGAGAUCGGCAUCUGCUUCUGGAAGAUUAAAGGAAGUUUCACAGCUGAAUCACCAUUUCCUUUCCUUGUAUUUAUUUGGCCUCUGUAUUGUGUGCUUGGCAUUUGUAAAUACUGUAUAAAAGAUGUGUAAUUGAAAAUCUGCCUUUUAUUGUACAGCUCUGCGUACUUUUGAUAAGAAAUUGAAGGUCUGCCCUCGAAACAGGCAAAGGCCUUGUUAGAGCUGCUGACCAACUUGAUUGUGUUUUAAAGAAAUGUACAAAAAAAAAAAAAAGAAAGAAAGAAAUGUUGGACGACACUGUUUAUGACCACCAGCAGAAGGGGACAGAAGAACAUAGUUAAGUAUUCAAGCUGCAGAUAUAACUCACUGAAGCAGGAGCCAGUAGGUGAGGAAUAACGCUCCUUUCAUAAUGUGGCCCUGUAUUUCUUCCUGACAUCCUUCUUCACCACACACUGUGCUAAUCCCCGCCAUGAAUGUUCAUUUCCAUCCCUUACAUGCAGGAACAGAAGUUUAAGGCCCAAGGGAACUCUGGGAUCAUUAAGUCUGAGUCUCUCUCCAUGAGCUGGAAACAAGUAGAGCAUUUUAAAAACAAGUGUCUGUAGACUUUGCCCAGCAUAAUUUUUUUUCACUUGCAUAGCAAAAAAAAAAAAAAAAAAAAAAAUGGACAACAAAUACCUUAAAGAGGUAUUACAAGUCACAUGUGCACUAUAGUGUUUCUUGAUCAAAAUGAGUUUAUUACUGCUUACCUUCUCUAAGCAUAUCUGACAUUAUCAAUUUCUUUUUACUUACCUUCCUGGUAAAAUAAAAUGCAGAUUAGACCUCUCAUGGUAUCCAGACCUGUUAGUUCCUAUUCUUUAUCUACUUCUUCUGCAUUUUUAUAUGCACAAUCUCCCCACAUGUCAACAUGUCAUAGAUGCCAGGUAUGUGCUCAGACGUUUUCCGAGUCCAUGCAGAUAAGGCUAUAUUGAAAGUACUGUAACUGGAAACAUUUUAUUAUAGCUGCAUUAAUAAGGUGCGAUUGUGUUUUUCACAAAGUACUGAAAGGAAAUACCAAGUCUAAUAACCAACUAGAUCUGUAAUGCCUGCCAGAAAGAACCUGUUUGCUAUGCUAAGUGCAUGGUGAAAACUAGGGGUUUUGAUUGUGUCUAUUUGAAGUCCUACCAUAUUUUCUUCCUGCAGAUUCUUGUAUAAGUUCACACAUGAAUGGAAGAAACACCUGAUAAUGUAACUCCUGCCUUUAUCCCCUCUGAAUUUCAGUUUUCACUUCUUCUCCUACCGCAUAAACAACUCUUCCUCUAUUAUGCUUUUCAGUGACAUUUACUGUGCAGAAAACUGAGAUCAUAUUGUCUCCUAGUGUCUUUUUCUGCAAGAUGAAAAUGUUGAGAUCAUAGCAUCUUUUACUAGGUUCUGCUUUUCAUUCUGCAUUUCUAUGGUGUCUUACUGCGAUAGUCAUGGAACUGAUAGAAUCUGUGCCACUGGACAGUACUCUCAGACACAACCAAGAAUGACCUGAAGGCAGCAACCCUGUUUCCUCUCUACUGGUCAAUCUUUCCUGAUGCAUUCCUGCAUCCAUCUAACCAUCCUAGGCUCAUAGGUUUGGACACAGUAAUAUACUAGGCUAACUACUGCAGAGGCCUUUAUAAGCCUAACCAAGCAUCCCAAUUGUAUCCCACAAGUUUAUGUGCCUUACAACUCAUUUUAAGGGAUAUAUGUAGGGCAGGAUUUACAGGCUGCCUCUGUCCACUAUAGACAUAUGCACUAGACCCAGAGUGUUUUUCCAGUUUCCCAACCACUGGUCCAGGUUUCUCUUGAAUAGAGUUAGGGAAGAGCUCUGCUUGACAUAGAUGGGAAGUCUGUUCCAAUGAAGGGGAAUUCUGUGAGACAUAUACCUGUCCCUCCAAUGUGUCCUAUCUAUGUGGCAAGCAAAGUGUAAAUCCCUAGAUAGAGUCAUUGUGAUGCUGUUCAUUUUGCAGACGUGCAAAAGGUCCAUCA